UUGAAGCAGGUCUUCCAUAUUUAGCUAUAAAAGGACUUCAAAGUCCACCAAAGUGUUCUCUCUCUCUCUAUCUCUAUCUCUCUUUAUAGUCGGCCAUCGGAGAGGGAGUUUGUGGAUUGCCAGUGAUUUUGAGGAUUUGGCGAUUGAAGCUGCGGUUGUGAGUGGGAAAUGGGAUCAGAAGCACCAAAGAGUGUGGUUAUUCACGUGACUGGCUUCAAGAAGUUCAACGUGUUUGCUACCAACCCUACUGAAACAUUAGUUUCUGAUUUAAGAAGUUAUAUUGAAAAGACAGGUUUGCCACCUGGCGUUUCUUUAGGUAGCUGUACAAUUCUUGAGACCGCAGGAGAUGGCGCGUUGGCCACACUUUAUAAGGUUCUGGAAGCGAGUGUUUCAAGCGAGAACAAGUCCAGUUCGAAAGAAGUUGUGUGGCUUCAUAUGGGGUUAAAUGGUGGAGCAUCAAAAUUUGCCAUUGAACGACAAGCAGUAAAUGAAGCCACUUUCUCUUGUCCAGACGAGCUUGGUUGGCAACCGAAGCGGCUACCGAUUGUCCCAGAGGAUGGAGGACUAACUCGGACAAGAGAGACUGUUUGCCCCAUCAAUACAAUCCUGGAGUUCGUAAAGAAUAUCAAGGGCUGCGAUGCAACGAUCUCCGAUGACGCAGGCCGUUUCGUGUGCAACUACGUAUACUAUCAUUCUCUCCGUUUCGCAGAAGAAAAAGGUCAUAGAUCCCUUUUUGUACAUGUCCCUCCAUUUUCAAGAAUCAAUGAAGAAACACAAAAGCAGUUUAUGGCUGCACUUUUGGAGGCCAUUGCUUUAAGUUGUUGAUAUCAUUCAUCUUUCACUCCAUGUUUAUUGAAACUUUUAUCCUUCUUUUGUCGUAAGCUGAAUGUUGUCAAGAUUGUUCUCCUGUAAAUCGUUAUGUUUUGUGGAGAUGAUUUGAAUUCCAUUAGAGAUUGUGUGGUUCUGCAGCUCUUUGACCCCCUUUUAACCAAUCUCAAUUGCAUUC